GAGUCCCAUGUGGGAUGUUUCCAUCCACCCAAUACAACCUCCAUUCUCUGGGUGAAAAAAAAAUGGAAGAAACUUUCGCUUACAGACCCUAUUCAACUAUUUCCUGAGUUGUUUUGUCCAACACCCAGUUGUGAAUUCUAUCUGUUUUCUUCAUUCCAGGGGCUGUUUUAAUCGUUGGUGUUUGGGUGAUGGGAAAUUGAAAUUUGGUUUUUAUCUAGGUUUUGUGUUUUGAAGAGUGAAUUUGGGGAGGUUUUGUUUUCUGAAUCUCACUCACAAUGAUGUCAAUGACAUGCCACAAUCUUGAUUUUGGAACGAGUGUGCUUGAUUUUGUUGCUUGCGGCUGUGCUACUAAUGGCACAAUAGGCCGUUGUGCGGGGAAGAGCUGUGCAAGGACGAUUUCUAGAAGUAAGGGUUGCAGAGCUAGGAGAUUGGUCUGUUGGAGGCAGAACUUAGCUAGGUGUCAUGCGUUUUCUACAAAAACUCCAGAGGCUCUUCUUAAUGGAGUUGGUCAAGUUCCUCCAGCAUUGUUGAAUUUGAAGAAUGAGUCUAGAAGAACCAUUUCACUGUCAAAGUUGUUUGAAGUGGUGGCUGAUGAUCUCCAAACUCUAAACCAAAAUCUACAGUCAAUUGUUGGUGCAGAAAACCCACUUCUAAUGUCUGCAGCUGAGCAGAUCUUUGGUGCUGGGGGCAAGAGAAUGAGACCAGCCUUGGUGUUCCUCGUGUCUAGAGCCACAGCAGAGUUAGCUGGGAUGAAGGACCUAACCACAAAACACCGGCGUUUGGCUGAGAUCAUUGAGAUGAUUCAUACUGCUAGUCUGAUACAUGAUGAUGUUUUAGAUGAAAGUGACAUGCGAAGAGGUAAAGAAACUGUUCACCAACUGUAUGGAACAAGAGUAGCUGUAUUGGCUGGUGAUUUCAUGUUUGCUCAGUCAUCAUGGUAUCUUGCCAAUCUUGAAAAUCUUGAGGUCAUUAAGCUUAUCAGCCAGGUUAUUAAAGAUUUUGCUAGUGGUGAGAUAAAGCAGGCAUCUAGUUUAUUUGACUGUGAUGUCGAGCUUCAGGAGUAUUUGCAAAAGAGUUACUACAAAACUGCCUCUUUAAUUGCUGCUAGUACCAAGGGCGCUGCUAUUUUUAGUGGGGUUGAUCCUUUUAUUGCUAAGCAAAUGUAUGACUAUGGUAAGAAUCUUGGGUUAUCCUUUCAAGUUGUUGACGACAUAUUGGAUUUUACACAGUCAGCAGAGCAGCUGGGAAAGCCAGCUGGAAGUGACUUGGUGAAAGGCAACCUGACUGCACCAGUAAUUUUUGCUCUAGAGAAAGAGCCUAAACUAAAGGAAAUCAUUGAAUCUGAAUUCUGUGAAACUGGUUCCCUUGAGGAAGCAAUUGAAUUGGUUAAGAAAUGUGGUGGAAUUGAACGAGCACAAGAAUUAGCAAAAGAAAAGGCCGAUCUUGCAGUUCAGAAUCUCCAAUGUCUUCCACAGAGCAACUAUCGGUUGGCUCUUGAGGAUAUGGUAAUCUUUAAUCUUGAGAGAAUUGAUUAGUCAGAUAAAGAGUAGAAGCUACAACUUGCUAGGAAAAUUAUUACUCAAAUAAACUGCCACAGAAAAGAAGGCUUGAAGUUGAAACCUCCAUGUUAGCAGUUCCUGCUUAACUCUUGGUUGUAUAGUCAUUGAAGGCAUAGAGCUUUGACUUGAGCUGCUCUUUAGUCCAUUAUACAUCUGCCUCCAAUUGUUCUUAAGAAAAAUAAGUCUCAACCAAUUCUUGUACACUAAAGUUUUCAAGGUCAUCAAUAACUAAGAUAUUUAUUCUUUC